UGCUCCUGCACGGUCCUCUCCGCGCCGCGCCGGGCCCAGUGGGACCGAGCCUCUGCCACUCCGCCGGGCCCACCGCCACACUCGCGCCGACCCCGCCACACGGCCAGACCCCGCAGCCCUCACCGGCCGGCCCCAAGAGGACUUUGCAGCUCGCCGCCUCCCGCCUGUCCUCCUGUCCGCCUGUCCGAGCACCGCGGCCACCUGCGCGCAGAUGGAGCUGGACCACAUGACGAGCGGCGGCCUCCACGCCUACCCCGCACCGCGGGGCGCGCCGGCGGCCAAGCCCAAUGUGAUCCUGCAGAUCGGGAAGUGCCGGGCCGAGAUGCUGGAGCACGUGCGGAGGACCCACCGGCACCUGCUGACCGAAGUGUCCAAGCAGGUGGAGCGCGAGCUGAAGGGGCUGCACAGGUCGGUGGGCAAGCUGGAGAGCAACCUGGACGGCUACGUGCCGACGAGCGACUCGCAGCGCUGGAAGAAGUCCAUCAAGGCCUGCCUGUGCCGCUGCCAGGAGACGAUUGCCAACCUGGAGCGCUGGGUCAAGCGCGAGAUGCAUGUGUGGAGGGAGGUCUUCUAUCGGCUGGAGAGGUGGGCCGACCGCCUGGAGGCCAUGGGUGGCAAGUACCCGGUGGGCAGAGAGCCGGCCCGCCACACCGUCUCUGUGGGCGUCGGGGGUCCCGAGGCCGACGGCUACGACUACACUGUCAGCCCCUAUGCCAUCACCCCACCCCCGGCCGCCGGCGAACUGCCCGGGCAGGAGCAGGAGGAGGCCCAGCAGUACCCGCCCUGGGGGCCCGGCGAGGACGGGCAGCUGAGCCCUGGCGUGGACACGCAGAUCUUCGAGGACCCGCAUGAGUUCCUCAGUCACCUGGAGGAGUACCUGAGGCAGGUGGGCGGUUCCGAGGAGUACUGGCUGUCGCAGAUCCAGAACCACAUGAACGGGCCGGCCAAGAAGUGGUGGGAGUUCAAGCAGGGCUCGGUGAAGAACUGGGUGGAGUUCAAGAAGGAGUUCCUGCAGUACAGCGAGGGCACGCUGUCCCGCGAGGCCAUCCAGCGCGAGCUGGACCUGCCGCAGAAGCAGGGCGAGCCGCUCGACCAGUUCCUGUGGCGCAAGCGGGACCUGUACCAGACACUGCACGUGGACGCGGAGGAGGAGGAGGUCAUCCAGUACGUGGUGGGCACCCUGCAGCCCAAACUCAAGCGCUUCCUGCGCCACCCGCUGCCCAAGACCCUGGAGCAGCUCAUCCAGCGGGGCAUGGAGGUCCAGGACGACCUGGAGCAGGUGGCCGAGCCGGCCAGCCCCAGUCAUCCCACCGAGGCCGAGUCCGAGGCCCUCACGCCGGUCCUCACCAACGACUCUGUGGCCAGCGACCGAACCCCGCCUGAAUAGAGGGCAUCCGGGCCCCAGCCUUCCUGCCACACCCCACCGGUGGCCUUUGCCAACUAGGACUUUCAAGUGGGGCUGAGUCCUGUGGUGGAGAGAGAGCUGGACACCCUCCCUCAGUCUCCCAGCCCGAUGCACACAGACACACGUCCUCCAGUUAUGGGCGGUGUCCCCCAAAGAGCAAACGAGCUCCUCUCCCCUGCAGGACCCUGCCCUGUCACCCUCCUUCCGUCUGUCUUCCGGGUCUCCGGGCCAGCCUGGGCUACUCAUCCCCCCCUCUCCCCGUCCCAACCACGCACACACACUCUCAGGCCAUGACAGGAGCCCCAGAUUCCUCAUCCUGCUCAACGCCUGGACCCUCUGGGCACUCAGGAACCAAGUGUCCAGAUGGCACGGACCAGCGGGAACCAAGCUCAAGGGAGACCCCAGAGCAGAAGCUACGGCAGAACUAGUGCCACGGGAACCUCAGCUUUGGGGCCGCAGCCCUCUCCUGGCGGUCGCCACGCAGGGCAGCUGGCCAGCCUCGGACAGCGUCUCUCCCUGUCCUGGAGGGAAACUGAAGCUGAAACGCAGCAGUGGCAGCCGCAGACCUGGAGUCCCCGUGUCUCCUGGCCCCUCAGCAUCCGUGAUUCAUGCCAGCCUGGAGAAGGCUCGAGCUCAGCUCGGUGACUCACCCACGGCAGGCAGAGGUCCCACAGGACCUGAGUCCUCAAACUGGCUGAGGCAGCAGCCAUUGUCCACGGAGCCAGGAGAAUGACAACAGGUCUCAAGGCUCCCAGAGAGCCCCUGCUGCUGUGCCUGGCACUGCCGGCCCCCUCUCCUCCCGCAAGCUGCCUGCAUAGGAGGAGACGUCUGAGGCCAGCGAGAGAAGGGGCCAGGUGCAGCUGGUGGUGAAGACGGGCCAGCGCGAGGGCCAGGGCCUGCUACUAUGCCCGCCCCGCUGGCCACCAGCCUGCCCGUGCCCAGGGCCACGGUGGCUGGAGUCAGGGUCCACUACCCCGGGCCCUGUCUUGCUCCAGCCCAGGCACCCCUGCCCACUAUGUGGCCAUCCUCUCCUGCCAGCGCUUUCUGAGAGCCUUGGGGCUGAGGCCAUAGCCCCUGCCCCUGCCUGGUGGUCCCAAGCCCAGCCCCAGGAGAUCCCAAAGCCUUUUCUCCUGGGGCUCAAACUGGUUCUCUGCCAGGUCCCACUGUUGCCCAGGCCUGGACCCCCACUUCUCCCAGCACCAACACCGGUGCUGGCCCGACACUUGUGUCUGCAGCCAGAGCAGGUCCUGUUUGGUGAUUCCCCUUUCUGCCUGUUCACUGGGGGUUCCCAGAUUCGGGGGACUGAUAUCCACAGGUGACUUUACCAGCCCCUCCACCCCAUGCCCUGUCAGCCCCCCAAAUUUUAUUUUUGCACAUAAGCCAUAACCCAUACUCACAGGCUGGCACAGGCUGCAGGGAGGUCCCGGGUCCCUGUCCCCCAUGGACCAAGCCUCAAAUAGUCAGGCCAGGCUGUGGGCAGCCCUGCCACCUGCCUUGAAGACAGACUGUUUUGUAAGAUUUUGUUAAUAAAACACUGAAACGUGGA